GAAAACGAGGCUGGGCGGAAGUCGGUCUCUCAAAAUGAAACUAACCACAUGGCCCACUUCGCAAAUACAUUGGAGACAUUACAGCGAUCUAUCAAAAAAAUCUCAGAGGAAGUUAAGAAUCUAAAGGAAAAAUCAAGUGGGAUUACGGAAGCAGAAUCGCCUGUUGUAGGUUUUCAUGGACACAGCUUAAAUUCAUCAAGCGAAAGAAUAGGACAAGCGUCAGACAGCCUUCCUUUUGUGGAGACAAUUCCAACCAGUCUGCGAAACAAUAUCAUACAAGGUAAAAACAUCAAUCUUGCACAGUUAUUAUUGCCUCAUGAGAUAGAAGAAAGUAAGUUUCAAGAUAGCGAGGGCAAGAUAGUUAUCUUAAAAAACUCUAGCGACAACAGACUCUUGAGAAAUCUCACCAUAAGUGAAUUUAUUCUGGCAUUCACUAAAUUCAAAAAUGUUAUGUGCGAAGCCUAUCCUUGGCGUAGAGCUGAACUGGAUGCAUACGAAAGAGAUAUUGUUGAAAUGUCAUCUAUGACUAAGGGUUCGUAUGCUUUCUAUGAGUACCACAAAGCAUUUUCUGCAAGAGCAAGUGCAUUACUACAGCAAAGAAAUAUAAAAAUAGACUGGUCUAUUAGAGAUAUGAAACUGUACACAACAAUCUUCUCUGGCCAAGCAGUUACUCGGUGUGAAAAUUGUAAUAGUAUCUCUCAUCCCUCACACUUCUGCCCAAAGGUCAAGCAUACCUCAGCUCCUAACACAAACAGAUAUAGAUCAGAGACGGUGAUGGACAAGAAGGGCAGACCAAGAACUUAUCACAAAGGUAAAGAAAUUUGCAACAAUUUCAAUGGCAACAAUGGAUGUUACAUGAAUUCAUGCAAUUUAGCUCAUGUGUGCACAGAAUGUAAACAAGACAAUCAUUUGGCUACGAAAUGUCAAAAAGGUAAACAAAAACAUGAGAAUCAAGGGAACACAUGACUAGAUAAGUCGGCAGAAAGCAAAGAACGGGAUGAAGAUGUCCAAGUUCCGGAAAGCAGCACCUCUGGCAUACGAGGAGCCAGAAAUUAUUCCCAGUAUGGAAGAACUUGUGUUAUACUAGCUGAAGAAGCAGAUGAAUUGCUCCAAUCCUCCAUUAGUGAAA